AUGUCGAAGUUCCUACAGGGAUCAAUAUUUAGCAUAUCAAAACUUCAUGUUAGAUAUUCUUCUACUCGGCCUUUUCUAGUGGCUCCUAGUAUUGCUAACAGUAUAACAACCGAGGCUCCAGCGAUUAAUCACUCACCUGAACUGGCAAAUGCGAGAAAAUGGCUACCAAAAAGAUGCGGUUUAAUUACUCGUAAGAAGGGAAUGAUGCCUUAUUUUGAUAAAUCUACUGGUGAAAGAAGCGCCGCUACUAUAUUAGAAGUUAAUAAUGUUGAAGUAAUAAUGCAUAGAACUUCGGAGGUCAAUGGGUACUUCGCGUGUCAAGUAGGGUACGGAUCAAGGCAUUUGUCUAAAGUUAGCAGACAAAUGCUUGGUCAUUUCGCUUCUAAAGUUGUUAACCCAAAAGAGCAUGUGGCCGAAUUCCGAGUUAAAGAUGAAAAGGGAUUAAUACCACCUGGCACAUUAUUGAAACCCUCUUUUUUCAAAGAAGGCCAAUAUGUUGACGUCAGAUCAGUCAGCAAAGGCAAAGGUUUUACUGGUGUGAUGAAAAGGUAUGGAUUCAAGGGUUUGAGAGCAUCUCAUGGUACAUCUAUUAUGCAUAGACACGGUGGUUCUUAUGGUCAAAACCAAGACCCAGGUAGGGUACUGCCAGGAAGAAAGAUGCCUGGUCAUAUGGGAAACGAGCAUGUUACUAUCCAAAAUGUUAAAGUUUUGAAAGUCGACGAUGAAAAUAAUGUUAUUUGGGUUAAAGGCUCUGUGGCUGGGCCCAAAAACAGUUUCGUUAAAAUUCAAGAUGCAAUCAAAAAAACUUGA